GAGGGGAGGGGCCGGAAGCAACUCUACGCUUCCCGGUUGCUAAGAGACGGGGCUUCCACAAGCCAGACCGAGGUUCUCCCACUUCUUUUCCUCCCUUUUUCUGCUUCAGCGUCACCGAAUCCGGCUACCAUGUCGGACCCAGAAGCUGAGAGCUUGCGAAGCACCUUUCCCUCUUACAUGGCGGAGGGCGAGCGGCUGUAUCUGUGCGGAGAGUUCUCUAAAGCCGCCCAUAGCUUCAGCAACGCUCUUCACCUUCAGAAUGGAGAUAAGAACUGCCUGGUUGCCCGAUCCAAGUGCUUCCUGAAGAUGGGAGAGCUGGAGAAGUCCCUGAAGGAUGCUGAGGCUUCACUCCAGAGUGACCUGACUUUCUGCAAGGGGAUUUUACAAAAGGCUGAGACCCUGUACACCAUGGGAGACUUUGAGUUUGCCCUGGUGUUCUUUCAUCGAGGCUACAAGCUGCGGCCUGACCGAGAAUUCAAAGUUGGAAUUCAGAAAGCUCAGGAAGCCAUCAACAACUCAGUGGGAAGUCCUUCUUCAAUUAAGCUAGAGAACAAAGGGGACCUCUCCUUCUUAAGCAAGCAAGCUGAGAGUAUGAAAGCCCAGCAGAAGCCUCAUCCUGUGAGACAACUCUUACAUCACCCCAAGAGGGAGUCCAAGCGGAAGGGCUCACUCAAGAGUGAGAAGAUUGUCCGCCAGCUCCUGGGCGAGCUCUACGUGGAUAAGGAGUAUCUGGAGAAGCUCCUAUUGGAUGAAGACCUGAUCAAAGGCACCAUUAAGCAUGGCCUGACCGUGGAGGACCUCAUCAUGACAGGCAUCAACUACCUGGACACCCGCAGUAACUUCUGGAGGCAGCAGAAGCCCAUCUAUGCCAGGGAGCGGGACCGGAAGCUGAUGCAAGAGAAAUGGCUACGGGACCGCAAGCGCCGUCCCUCACAGACAGCCCAUUACAUCCUCAAGAGCCUCGAGGACAUCGACAUGUUGCUGAGCAGUGGCAGUGCUGAUGGCAGCCUUCAGAAAGCUGAGAAAGUGCUGAAGAAAGUGCUGGAAUGGAACAAAGAGGAGGUGCCCAACAAGGACGAGCUGGUUGGAAACUUGUACAGCUGCAUAGGGAAUGCCCAGAUUGAGCUGGGGCAGAUGGUCGCAGCCCUGCAGAGCCACAGAAAGGACCUGGAGAUCGCCAAGGAAUAUGACCUUCCUGAUGCUAAGUCAAGAGCCCUUGACAACAUUGGCAGGGUUUUUGCCAGAGUUGGGAAAUUCCAGCAAGCCAUUGACACGUGGGAGGAGAAGAUCCCUCUGGCAAAAACCACGCUGGAGAAGACCUGGUUGUUCCACGAGAUCGGCCGCUGCUACUUGGAGCUGGACCAGGCCUGGCAGGCCCAGCAUUACGGUGAGAAGUCCCAGCAGUGUGCUGAGGAAGAAGGGGACAUCGAGUGGCAGCUGAAUGCCAGCGUUCUGGUGGCUCAGGCACAAGGCCUUGGAUGA